AUGGAUCUGUCCCAGCUCGCGGUCCUCCUCCAGGAUCUCGGGGAUAACACGGAGCUGAUAAACCGGAUCAAGAGCAUUGUCAAUCAAUCCGAGGCCACGGAUUUACUGCAGCACUUCCACCUAGAUGCGGUUGUGACGGAUGAAUGCACAACCCAUACCGAAUACCAGGUGGCGCAAGGCCUGGUGCCCCGAGAGAUUAAAAAGAGAUGGUACCGAGGGAAAGAGCCCAUCGGGCGGGGCACUUAUGGAACAGUCUGGAUGGAGCGAGAGGGAGCAGCAAGUAACCAACGGGCAGUGAAAAUCAUGGAAAAGGGUUUAAUGAUGCGCCACGGUAUAGAUUACAAGAAGGAACUGUUGGCACUGGCCAAAUUCUCGAAGCCUCAGUAUCAGCAGCAAGAGGUGUUGGUCAAGUUCCUAGGAUGGUGCGAAGAAUCCUUGCAUCUGUUUCUGUAUAUGGAAUACUUCGAGCUGGGGGACCUCGAGAAUCACAUCACUGGCUCCAUGAUGGAGGAUGAUAUCAAAGACAUCACCACCAACCUGCUCAACGGCCUCCGCAUUAUGCACCGCGAGGGCUUCACUCACCGCGACCUCAAGCCGGGCAAUAUCUUUGUGGUCCAAAAGCCACCCGGGGCAAGUUGGUGGGUUAAAAUUGGGGAUUUCGGAAUCUCCAAGCGGGUUAACCACGAGCUAACGGCCCUUUACACAUCGAUUGGCACGCGUCUUUACAUGGCUCCCGAGGUCACUGGGGACCUUGAUACAGAUGAACCGACAUCCAAAUAUACCAACGCGGUGGAUAUGUGGUCGUUGGGGUGUGUCGUAUACAAAAUCGCUACCCAAGUUGUCCCAUUCCCAGCUGGGAGGGACCUUUGGAGAUUUUGUGCCGGUGGACCCUUUCCUGGGCAACCUCUCCUAGACCGUAUCACCGCAGAGGGAACGGAUUUCGUCAAAAGGUUACUUGUCCUGGACCCACGGGACCGUCUAUCAGCUGAGAGCGCACUCCAAGCCUCGUGGCUCUCGCAGAGAAGACGAUCGUCCGAAGACUCCAUUCGGAUCCGAGCCCAACCAUCUUCCGACCCAAAGAACCCGGAAGCUGGACCGAUAGGAGAUCUUGGUAUGGAUCCAUCAGAGCUUGAAGCGACUGCGACGAUCUCAACUUCACGGCUAGCUUUCCAAUCGGAGCAACCGCAAACUGGGGAACUCCGCGAAUCUCGAAGGGAUUCGGCAGGCCAACAACAAAAGCACCAGGCCACAUCAACCAAUGGAAAGCCCAUGUCUCCCCCGAAGUCCUCCUCUCCACUUCCGAAUCGCGUCCGUGAUAUUGUGGAUCGCGAUGUGAACCUCAUGGAAGCUACCGUGAGGCUCUCUGCUCCCAGGCCAGCCAGGCGGGGCGAGCCUCCCCAGCCCCAGUCCCCGCAGCGAUCACCACCGCCUGGUAACGGGGUGAAGAUUGUCCAGAGAGCUGUAACUGCUACCCUGGUCGCGACUAAGCGGCUUCUGGAAACGCUAACGGAGUGGUCGAGGGAAAAAGCUUCGGAAGGGGAUGUCAGUAGGGCUUUUGUGUCCUGUGGGUACGAGUUCAAUCUGGCUUGUCGAGUACUCAAAAGUGUCGGAAUCGAAACCGGGGACAGCGCAUCCAUCGUCGACCGUCUUCGUACUGUUCUCGAGGAUACCUUGAGUCAAGACGCGUCACCACUGGCCCUUAACCGCUAUUUACCCCGUAUCUCAGAGAUUAUUGUUGAAAUGCUGAAGUGGAUGAAGCAGAAACAGGCACUUCUACCCGAGGAAAUGCAGAAGAAAGCACCAGAAGACGGUCGCUCCGACGGAACUGGAGGAAAAGGGGACACCUUGGGGGAAAAGAAUUCUCGAUGGUUGCCAGCACCAACCCGUGAGCCUCCUGUCACUACUGCCGAGAGCUCUCAUCGGUGUUCGGCCGCAAUAGCAACCACCACGACUCAGGCGCCGGAAGAUUACCUCAAGAGGCCAGGUGAUGAUCGUGAAGUUGAUAAGCUCUUUCGGGAGCUGAUGGAAAUAAGAGGGUGGAUAAACCUUCCAGCACUGGCUAAACAGCAGAUGCUUGCCUACCCGGCGGCAAAGAAAUGGGUUCUCAUCCACCAGCAUCGAUUAACAGAGCUGCAAAGCAAAAAGCACAGGUCUGAAUCUGGUCAGAUACUCGGCCGUAUAGAUGAAGAGGGAAGCCCUGAGUGGUACGUCAAGAAGAUUAUAGACGGGACCAUUACAACCAAGCAACUGGAACGUCUAAGUGUGGCCGUACGGACACAACCAAUCAGCUGGGUGAAGGCAUUUCUGGAAACGCGGGGACUCCUUGCCUUGACAGAUGUUCUGACAAAAAUCAAUCGCAAAAGCAGCUUACAGUCCGCCCUUGGACCGGUGAGAGAUGAUAGGGACAGAGACAAUGAACGCAUUAUCGUCAGGUGUGUUAAGGCGCUGAUGAACAACAAAUACGGCGUGGACGAUGCCCUGGCCCAUCAACCGAUUGUCGUAUCCCUCAUAAACUCACUCGUUUCCCCGGAUUUAAUUACCAGGAAGCUUGUGAGCGAAAUAUUGACCUUUUUGAGUCACUGGGGCGACGGGCAGGGCUGCCACAAGGUUCUCGAAGCUAUAGACAUUGUCAAGGACCAGCAUCACAAGGCAGGCCGUUUUGACUUUUGGAUCCCCAGUUUCGAGCUCGCGAUUGAUAACCACCUACACAUUUCGGACAGCAAGCUCGACUCCAGCCAAGGGAUUGACCAGCUGGAUUUUUUCUUGGAAUACUGUCUUUCAACUACAUUUUUAAUCAACAUGCUUGUGGACAAACAUGAGGAUGACCUAACGGGUCGAUGCUACGUUCGAUCCCAGUUCAUCGCUUGUGGAAUCAAAAGUAUCCUAACAAAGCUUGAAUUGUUUCAGAAUGAGGCUAUUGAUAAGCAGAUCGAACAUUUUCGGGAGAAUGAAGCCAUCGACUAUGAAGAUCUCCUGCAACUGGAGGAGGAAGAGAAGGGCCCUACACCUAUAGUAGCAGAGGGCUGA